AUGCGUUCUCAAGUGGAUUCCAAGGACAUGUUCAUGGAGUCAUGCGUACAGCAUGGCUUGUCCAAGUCGCAUAAAGCAAUUGCUGCAAAUGAAAGCACCAACAAGAAGGCAUGCAAUAAAUCAACAAAGUGCAGCCGAUGUUUUGCUGCAAAUUCAGGUGAAAUGUUUUCUGGUGCAUCAAUAACCCACAGGCCAUGGUAUGUGGCAAACCCAUGA